CCCUCAGUGAAAAGAGCGCAAUGAGCUGUGCGCUGUCACAUCGGCAGUUGCUAUCUCCUCUCUCUCUCCUGAACGCACACGUUCUCACGCUCCCGCUCGCUUUCGCAGGCUGUCAGCUGGAAGCAUCAGCGUAGCCCCGCUGGCUUCAGGACACUUCCUGGGAGGAAUUUCCGGCAGUGGAUACUUCAUCCGGCAAUUGCCAAAGGGUUAUCUGUUCUCACGGUCGGUGAUGGUGUGACAGACACAUCUUUCACGCUCUGAUCUUCCCGAGGGGGAGCCACUGAGGAUUAGCUGGCAGAUGAUGCAUCAGGGGGAGGAGGAAAGGCCGUGUUUAUCUGCUGUCCCCGUGUCACAGAGAGCUUCUGAGGAGCAUUCAGCUGCCAGCGGCAUCAGCGGGCCUCAGCCAUCCAGCUGUUCACCUCACUGCCACAGCUAAAGUGAUGAGUCCCAGCCUUCCCUUUCAGGACUAAAAGUGGACAGGACGUCAAUGGGCUGGACUAUGAUUCUAAAAGAUGACUCUGGUGUAACGGGCUGGACAUGGCGUGUUGGGAACUACCUGCUGCUCUCUAUGUCUCUAAUUGGAAUGCAAGUGAGGUCGGACCUGGAAUUUCCAAAGGACAGACACUAUACGUGGAAAACGGGUCAGUGGGGUAGGUGUAUGGGAGAAGAAUGUGGAACUGGCGGGGUUCAAUCCAGGACGGUGUGGUGCAUCCACUCAGAAGGCUGGACCACACACCACUCUAACUGCCGCCACUCAGACAAACCCGAAAGCCAGAGGCCUUGCUUUAAAGUAUGCGAGUGGCACCAGGACCUAUUCGAAUGGGAGGUUUCAGAAUGGGGGCCGUGCGUUCUGGCCCCAUUCCAGUCCAACGAGCUCAAACCGAGGACGACAGAGUGCAUUACAGCCCAGCAUGGCAUCCAGAGACGGAAGGUCCACUGCGUGCGCACCUCAAACCGCACAGCAGUUACGGAAAGGAUAUGCGAGUUCUUUUCUCCACGACCAGCACUCGAACAGGCCUGCUUGAUUCCGUGCCCUCACGACUGCAUCGUAUCUGAUUUCUCCUCCUGGUCCGGCUGCAGUCGGACAUGUGGCACGGGUCUCCAGCAUCGGACCCGACACGUUCUAGCGGCGCCGAUGUAUGGAGGCGCCAACUGCCCCAACCUCACCCAAACAAGGACUUGUGCGAACCUUCUGCCCUGCCCGGUUGGGGAAAGUGAACAUCACUACAGCCUUAAAGUCGGGCCUUGGAGCGAGUGCAGGCAGCCGCAACACAAAGGGCUUUGGAUGAGCGGAAGGACCAUGCUGGACUUCACUACAGGACAAACGGAGAGGAACACCGUGAAACGCCACAUCCAGAGCUCCCAGCACCAACAUCACCACCUGCACCACCACCACCACAGCCUUAAGGGUUUGGACGUGGAGAUCGGGUACCAGACGCGCCAAGUUCGUUGCGUGCGCAGUGAUGGCAAGAACGCCAUGCUGAGUCUUUGUACCCUUGACAACGGCCCUGGAACAUUCCAGUCGUGCAUUAUGCCCAGAGACUGCGAGACCUCUGAUUGGUCUGUUUGGAGUCCAUGUUCGAAGACAUGUAGGGCAUCAGAUAUGUCGCCUGGCUUUCGAGUCAGGACUCGAAGCAUAACGCAGACUCCCAUUGGACUAGGGAAGGAAUGCACCGCUCUUGAAGAAAAGGAAGCCUGCAACAUCAUUGGAGAUUUGCUUCCAAACUGCCCUAGGUAUGUGUGGAAGAGCACAGAUUGGGGAGACUGUCAAGUGGCCCCUCUUCUCAGCCAGCAGGACAGAAGGCUUAACAAUGUAAGCGUUCUCUGCGGUGGAGGGAUUCAGACCAGGCAGCUGUACUGCGUCCAGGUUCCAGACAACUCCACCCCUCAUCACAGAAAAGAGGUGUCUAGACCAGUAAGCAGACGUCUGUGUACAGGAGAUUUGCCUUCUGCGGUGCAGCCCUGCUCCAUACCGUGCCCACAGCUGUGCCUGCUCUCAUCCUGGUCCUCCUGGGGGGCCUGUCUCCACGACAACUGCAUGGAAACACAUGGACGAAAAGGCUACAGGCAGAGAAGGAGAGAGGUGCUAGAGGAAGGAUCAGGAACAGAAAGCUGUGCCCAUCUCCUGGAGUCAAUGCCCUGUGAGGAUCCAGUGUGCUUCCUGUGGCAGGUGCAGUUUGAGGGCACUUGUGUGCCCAGGAAAGGGAACUGUGGAAAUGGAACCAGGACUCAAACUGUGGCUUGCGUCAACUCACAAGGGCAGCUUGUUCCCGAGGAGCUCUGUGAAGAUGAGCAGCCCCCUAAAGAGGUGUCCUGUGCGAUGUCGUGUUCAGGCGACUGCGUGCUCAGCUCAUGGUCUGAUUGGUCCUCCUGCUCCCACAGCUGCUCCGGUAAAAACUCAGAGGGCAGACAAAGCCGCACACGGACCAUAUUAGGCUUACCGGGAGAAGCGAAGGCAUGUCCAGCUGCUACUGCUCUAGAGGAGUGGAGAACUUGUAAUGAUCAUCCAUGCAUCACAUUCUACUGGGAAGCGUCGCCAUGGGGACCAUGCAUCCAGGACUCCUCCAUGAAUCUAAAUGGCAGCGGCUACUGGAAUGGAACGGCCACCUGUGCAGUCGGGGUGCAGAUUCGUAAAGUGGUCUGCAUGAAAAUGGGCGUCGGGCCAGUUAUUCCCAAAAGGUGUCCAGAAUCUGCCCGACCAGACACCAUUCAACCCUGUUUACUGCCCUGUAAGAAAGAUUGCAUUGUGACUCCUUUCAGUGAAUGGACAGCCUGCCCUACCACAUGCCUGCCAGUGAACAGCAGCUUGCCCUCACAGUCACGAUACAGGAUCAUCAUCCAGCGGGCGGCCAAUGGGGGUCAAGAGUGUCCAGAUACUUUAUAUGAGGAGAGAGAAUGUGAGGCUCUUCUGCUUUGUCCUGUUUACAGAUGGAAGACACACAGAUGGCAUCCGUGUACUCUGGUCCCAGAUUCUGUCCAGCAGGGAAUGACGGGAGCCAGUGAAUCGUGUGGUAAAGGAUUAGAAAUGAGAGGAGUGAGCUGUGUGGAUGAGUAUGAUGAGAUGGCAGCUGUGUCAGAGUGUCUCCGGUGGGCCGGGCCGAUGCCGUCACGCUUCAGGAGCUGCUGGGUGCCGUGCAGGGAUGACUGCACCUUCAGUUCCUGGUCUAAAUUCUCUGAAUGCUCUGGCUGUGGGAGCCGACGAACCCGCAAACGCACACUAACUGGUCGGAGCCGGAAACAAGACCGCUGUCAGCGGGAAGACUUGUACCCUCUGGUGGAGUCCGAGCCCUGUCCGUGUGAGGAGUUUGUUUCCCAGCCGUAUGGUAAUUGGUCAUCUUGUAUCUUAUUGGAGACCCCGGCGCAAGGAUCCAUCCAGGGUUGGAGGGGUCGCCGAGAGGUGCGUGACUGCGGUCAGGGUUUGCGUUAUCGCGCCGUGGCCUGUCUGGACCACGAAGCCCAUCUGGUUACCCCAGACCUCUGCAGUGAAUCAGGUCUGGUGGAAGAGGUCUGCCACGUACCCUGCCCUCUGGACUGCAAGCUGAGCGACUGGUCACCGUGGUCGGCCUGCAGCGCAUCCUGUGGUAGCGGGCUGAAAAUAAGAUCCAAAUGGCUCCGGGAGAAGCCGUUCAACGGCGGGCGGCCCUGCCCUAAACUAGACCUGAAAAAUCAGGUGUAUGAGGCUGUGCCCUGUCGAAGUGAAUGCAAUGAAUACGAAUGGGUGACAGACCCCUGGUCAGUCUGCACCAUCAACACAGUGGACGAGCUACCAGCCUGCGGUGAGGGUGUCCAAAGCCGCAAGAUUCGGUGUGUGAGGCGUGGCAGCGGAGAUCUGGUUAGCAGUGUGAAUGAGACCCUGUGUGACCAGGAUGAAAUCCCUCUCCAAGCUCAGACCUGCGUCCUGCCGUGCCCUAAUGACUGCGUGAUGUCCCAGUGGAGUCAGUGGAGCACCUGUUCCAUACCAUGUAAUGAAAGCACAGUGAGGACGAGGACCAGACACAUGCUGCGCCCCCCAGUGGCCAACAGAGUGUGUCCAGACAGCAACCAGACAGAGCCCUGCAGCCUCAACAGCACCUGCUUCAAUUAUCACUACAAUGUCUCCAGCUGGAGCACCUGUCAGCUGAGCGAACAUGCCAUCUGCGGCCAGGGCGCGAGGACACGACUCUUAGAUUGCAUCCGCAGCGAUGGCAAAGUGGUGGAUUUGAGCGCGUGCGAGGAGCUGGGCCUGCCUCAACCGUGGAGACUGGCAAAGAAUUGUGUGGUGGACUGUCCCUUUAACUGCAUCCUGUCGGACUGGGCGCCCUGGACCGAGUGUUCACACACCUGUGGCAGUAAAGGUGUUAUGACUCGCACUCGCAGCGUGCUUCAGCAGGCUCAUGAAGAGGGACGCCCGUGCGCCUCUCAGCUCUCCCAGACCAAACCCUGUCCCAUCAGCCCCUGCUACACGUGGCUUCUGAGUGAUUGGUCUCCCUGCACAGUGGAGGGGGCAGAAUGUGGAGAGGGCAUGAGAGAGAGGAACCUGACGUGUGUGGUGCACUGGUCGGACUGGCCAGACAGCCCCUACCCUUCGAAAACAGUAGAGGACGAGAAGUGUGGAGACCGCGUGAGAAAAGAAAGCGAGCAAGAACUGCAGCAGCCAUGUUUUGUCCCCUGUCCAGGAGACUGUCACCUCACAGAGUGGUCACAGUGGAGUUCCUGUCAGCUGACGUGUCUGGAGGGCCGUAGUUUUGAGACGGUGGGCCGUCAGGCACGCUCGCAGGCUGUGGUCAUACAAGUGCUGGAGAAUCAGGACAGCUGCCCUCACCAAGUCUUUGAGACGCGUCCAUGUAAAGGAGGGAAAUGUCACAGUUACGAGUGGAGGACCAGUGCAUGGAAUGACAACGAAAGAUCAGUGUGGUGCCAGCGGUCUGAUGGGGUCAAUGUGACAGGGGGCUGCUUUCCACAGAACCGGCCAACCACUGUGCGGCACUGUCACCCUCCCUGCACCAAACCCUUCUCCCACUGCAAGCAGAGUGGUGUGUGCGGUUGUGAGAAGGGCUACACUGAAGUGAUGACCACACAUGGAUUCCUGGAUUACUGCACCAAGACCCCAGGUGCUGACAACAAGAAGGCAGAUGUGAAGACCAGCUCGGGAAGAUUAAAACCAGGCACCACUCAGAUCCAGGACUUCUUCGGCGAGUGGUCCCUGCAGCCGCUCGGCCCAGAUGGAAGAAUAAAGCUGUGGGUCUAUGGGUUAACAGCUGGAGGAUUCGUUCUCAUAUUGUUCGUAAUUGCUGUGGCCUUUCUGUUUUGCAAACCGUCCAAACAGAGUAAAAGUUCAUCUCCACCUCAGAAGCCCUUGACUCUGGCCUACGACGGGGAUGUGGACAUGUGAUAACACUCUCUGUGACUGUACAUUCAAAGCACAAGCUGGACUACGUGCAACAUUUUAAUAUGUUCAUCUCUCUAAGGCAUCCUUUGGAUUUUGGGAAAAAAAGACACAAGGAGUAACAGAUAGACAUCAAAGAACAUUUCAAUCUAGAAAUCUGCAGCGUACACAAAACGUUUUGUGCACAACAGCAAAGGACAAAGGUUUUGGAUCAGUGGUCGUCGUCAUGAAAAUCGUGACAUUUAAAGAGGGUACGAGACACAGCUGACAUUCCAUGGACCAGAUGGAGGACUUUGACAUUUUCUUGCCGUGAUUUUUCUUACAUCAGACAAAAAAAGAGAGAGAAAAAAAAACACAAGUUCAAGUUGUGCUGAAUCUAUUGUAUCAGUCGCUUUAAAAGCCUAGUUCACCCAAAAAUGAAAACUGUCAUUUACUUACUCUCAAACCUGUAUGACUGGAUCACGACCGGACAAUUUGUGAAUAAAUCAUUGAGAACUGAAUCAGUCAGGUGACUCAAAAUAACUUCAUGAACGUCAAUGUCAACAUUGAUGUAAUCAGUGAAAAAUUAGUUAAAUUGCAGUUUGGUUGUCUCACAAAAGAAGGCUUGGUAAGUUGUACUUGUUGACAAGUUGUACCCCUGAUAGCACACAUCACGGAGAUGUCUGUUUGACGUCUGCAUUAACAUCUGGAAGACAUUUUUUAGAGUGUUUGCUCAUCUGCAAUAUGUCUAUAGGAUUUUUCCUAUCAGAUGUCAAAUAGACAUCUAUUAGAUGUUUUUAAGAUAUUUAUUAUUUAAAUUGUAUGUAAAAUUGACAUCUUAUAGACGUCUGUCAGAUGUUUGUACACAGCAGAUGCUUUCCCAAUCAAGUAAUCUGUAACAGACAUCUUGCAGAUGUAUGUGUGCUUUAUUUAAAUUGUACGUAAAAUUGACAUCUUAUAGACAUCUGUCAGAUGUUUGUACACAGCAGAUGCUUUCCAGAUCAAGUAAUCUUUAACAGACAUCUUGCAGACGUAUGUGUUCUUUAUUUAAAUUGUCUGUAAUAUUGACAUCUUAUAGACGUCUGUCAGAUGUUUGUACACGGCAGAUGCUUUCCAGAUCAAGUAAUCUUUAACAGACAUCUUGCAGACGUAUGUGUGCUUUAUUUAAAUUGUACGUAAAAUUGACAUCUUAUAGACGUCUGUCUGAUGUUUGUACACAGCAGAUGCUUUCCAGAUCAAGUAAUCUUUAACAGACAUCUUGCAGACGUAUGUGUGCUAUCUGGGAUCUUUUUGAUGCUUGAAAGUCCCAGUUGCUGUUCAUAAUUGCAUUGACAAAAAAGUACAUUAUUAAGAUUUAUCCUUUCAUGUUUCACAGAUGAAAUAAAGUCAUACAAGUUUGCCACAUCUUGAGGGUAAUUAAAUGGCAGAAUUUUCAUUUUUGCGUGAACUAUCCCUUUAAGGCGAUCUGAAAGUGACUUUUUAACCACGAACGAGAAAAGACUGCUGUGUUAUGCACUAUAUUAGUGCUUAGUCAUUCUUCAGUUUCCUCUUGAUUUAUGUUCAAACGGAUUUUCUAGUGUUUUUUCAUUGUAAUGCAAGGACUUUGCUGUAAACUGUUGUUUUCGUGUAGAAUGUCUCUGAACGUGUGUAUGAACCAAAACACAGCUCAUUUAGACACGGCGAGAGGUUAAGGUGAUGAUCUGCCCGUGUGCUGUUUCCACACGCCUCAGUUUGUCCUUUAACCUCCGUCUAGCAGCUGAAAAAUUGAUGAGGUCUGCUUCUACACCAGCAGAUAAUGAACUGUGUUCCUGUGACGCGCAGAAGGGUUUUUGAAAGCGGCUUCCUGCAAUAUCCUGCGGUUAGAGGAACUCAUUUAGCACAGAUACAGUGGACUAAUGCGUUUGUGUAGAGUCUGCAUGAGCAUUACACCGGGAGAGGUGCUUCAACAAUGAAUGUUCAUCAUUUUCAAUAAAGUACAGGUGCUGGUUCUGUAUUUUAAUAAUAUCCCUGCUAGUUCUUUUUGCUUUAUUGACUGACUUCUUGCUGGCGUAAUUGUCUUGACUAUCUGUUUCAAGACCUACGGUGUCAAGGUGCGCUUCGCUGUUUGUACUGCCACGUGACAAAACUUUCCUAAAUCUCAACGGUCCUCAUUAUAAUAAAAUAACUUGUGAUUUUUAAGCUAAGCGAGACCUCUGGUUCGUGGGGUCUUCCUCCACCGAAAGAAUGUAUUCUGUAUGUGUUACAUACAUACACGUGUAUUUUUUCUUCAUUUCCGGGUUGUUGUUUUUUUUGUUUUUUUUUGUCCCAUAUGUGUGUCUGCUCCCAUCCGUGUUGGCUGGUUCAUCUACAUCGAGAACAGAACAGCUCCAGUUCCUCUGUUUGAGGCCCAUCCGGAUGAUGUGCUGCUCUGAUUACAUCAAAAGGCUUUGGCGUAUUUCUAAAUUAGUCCACUGAUGUGAGAAGCUAAAAUGUGUAUAGCUUAUAAUUAUUUUUUUUUUUUUUCAGGAGUUGCUGACAAACCCUGAAAAAAGUGGCAAUAUAUAAAUAUAUAUAUAUAUAUAUAUAUUUUGAAGCCCAAUUGUGUGUGUGCAUGCUGGAUUGAUUUUGUCAUACACUGGAUUAUUCCAAAAGUGGCCUUGCAUUUUUAUGGAAAUCUGCUCCUAUAGUGACAAAGUCAACAGUGUGUUUUGUUCGUUUGAUUUCCUUGGUUUUUUAUUUGUUGCCCCUUAGAACUGACUUGUUUACAUUGCUUCUUCUUCUUCUGAUAUGUUCAGUAUGCUCUCAGCACUAUAUACAGUUGCCUGUAAAACACUGACCUUUAGUUUACAUAGUACUUUCUGUUAAUUGUGUGUACUUGAAGAGUUGAACGAAAUGCUAAUAAAUUGUGAUACUC